AUUCAUUGCUAACAAUCUAGAGCAAACACAUUAUAAAAAGGAGAAGAGGGCUUUCAUAUCUUUGCCUAUACGUAUAUACACCUAAAACUAGGUCAAAUCCAUCUUCUUUGAUCUCUCUCACACACUCACUCACAAACAGAUGGCGCUUAAGCUAUAUGGAGCGGCCAUGUCCACAAGCACCUCCCUCGUGCUAACCUGUCUGCACGAGAAAGAAGUAGAUUUUGAGUUCAUCCCUGUCGAUCUUUUCGCCGGCGAACAUAAACAGCCUCAUUUCGGAGCCAAAAAUCCCUUUGGUCAGGUUCCAGUGCUUGAGGAUGGUGAUCUCACUUUAUUUGAAUCUAGAGCAAUCACAGCAUACAUAACUGAAAAAUACAAGGAACCAGGGUAUGAUCUAACGAGGCAUAAAAAACUUGAAGAAGCAGCAAUGGUGAAGGUGUGGAUAGAGGUAGAAUCUCAGCGAUAUAACCCUGCAAUAGCUCCAAUAGUGUACCAACUUUAUGUGGGGCCACUGAAAGGCGUUGCACCUGACGAAGCAAUCAUAGACACAAACAUAGAGAAGCUAAGAAAGGUGCUUGACAUAUACGAAGAAAGGCUGAGUUGCAGCAAAUACCUUGCAGGAGAUUUCUUCAGCUUAGCAGAUCUUCAUCAUCUUCCUUACACUUACUAUCUUAUGAAGACAUCUGCUGCUUCUGUCAUAAAUGAACGUCCACGUGUCAAGGCAUGGUGGGAUGAUAUCUCUUCUAGGCCAGCUUUCAAGAAAGUAGCAGAGGGUAUGAAUUUUGGUCAGAAAUGAAAUUUUCAUGAAUAAUCUACAAUUCAUGAGCUUCUUUAUAAUUAAGUUUGUAGGAAUGUUGAUUUUGAUUUACUAGUGUACUGAAAUAUUGAAACUACCUAUUUGCUGUUUUUA